AUGGCAAACGCGCUCUUAUCUGCUCUGGUAGCUGCUUCCAGCGGCACUGCGCCUCAGGAUGACCAAGCUGCGCAUUUACCGCUUCCUUAUCACCCUUCUGGUUUUGCCACUGAUGCUAUAUCUCCCGACAAUCUGCAAAACACUUCCCAUUCAAAUCCGCUGCUCUCUGAUGCCAACUCCAAUGACCUUGUUCUUCGAGCUUUACAGGAGCUUGAUGUAUCUAAAAUCGCGAACGUCCUCAAGUCGCUAGAGGAGGCGGCGACGGCUGCUAAUGUUCCUUUCGGUGUUCCACCCGUGCUCAUUCCUUCCGUGCCAACACCUGUUGGUCAGAUUCCCGCCACCUCAGAAAGCAUUUUGAGGUCUUCUGAUGGCUCUCAUGAAGUUGAACGUAGGGUAGCUGGAGUCGAUGAAUUUACUCGUGAAGACCACGCCCAUAUGCUCGCUACUAAAUGGUUAAGCGCCGGCCAAUUAAAUCAGCUCGCUAGUUCUCAAGGUCUUAUCUAUAAGAAAGGAAAAUUUUCUGUCAUCGAAGAGCAACAACUCAGUUCUGCGAUAGAGCAGUAUCGCCUCUCCAAAUCGUUAUCUGAAGAACAAAUGUAUGAAGUCAUAUUUCCCAAAGACGAGAAAAGUAAAGACAAUGCGUUCUGGUCUGAAAUCACCGUUGCUGUACCUCAAAGACCCAUCAUCGCUGUUUAUCAUCACGUUCGACGUUCUCAUCAUCCAGUUAAACAGCAAGGAAGAUGGACACCUGCAGAAGAUCUGGUGCUCAAACAAGCGGUGGCAAAUCAUGGUCAGUCUUGGGAGAAAGUUGGUUUAGACGUCGGACGCAGAGGCAUGGACUGUCGUGACCGCUAUCGAAACCAUAUACAAAACCGGGAAUUGAGAGUGAACGGGCAAUGGUCGAAAGAAGAAGAGGAGGAGCUCACAAAAAUUGUCACAGAUUUAACUCUGAAACAAGGACGCGAUGCUGAUAAUGAUGUCUUUUGGGGCGUUGUCAGCCAAAGAAUGUGCGGGAAACGAAGUCGUCAGCAGUGUCGCAUUAAAUGGACCGACUGUUUAAAUCCAAGUACAAAAAACGCGGGACAAAAACCUCGUUGGGGUAAUCAAGACUCGUACAUCCUCGUUCAUAAACUUGACUCCCUACAGAUCUUCGAUGACAGUGAAAUUGAUUGGAAAACAAUACCUGAUCCCCAGUGGAACCUAUGGAGUCCCCACAUCCUACAACGAAGAUGGCUGACCAUGAAAAGGGGUGUUAAAGGGUACGAGUUUAUGACACAUCAAGCAGAAAUCAUGGAGAUAUUAAAAGCUAAGAAGGUUAAUGCACCUAUCACUAGCGGUACAAAGAAGCGUGCUGGACGCAAGGUUACGAGCGCCAACGCGAUUGCCGAAACCGAUACUCAAAGCGACAUGCCUGUCGCGGGACCAAGCGCUUCAUCCAAGAAGUAG